AUGCUCUACGCUUUUGCUCGCCGCAUCAUAUUUUUCGUUCUCAUCGCCGUACUGUUUGCGGGCGCAGAGAUUCUGCUGUGGCACGGAUUCCCCAAACCGCAUAUUCGCGCCCAUGUCGAUGGAAACGCCAUCGCGGGCUCGAUUCAGCAUAAGAUCCUGCAGUCUUUGUACACCAAUACUAGCAGACGCGCUGUCUGCUCAUUGAGGCCACUCGACCGCCUGAACAAAGAAUGCCGCCUUCAUCCACCCCCGUUCUCCAAAGAGACCUUUGUGGCAUAUUAUCAAUUGGUCACCGACGUUCAAGAGGAGUGGUUGAACGGCCUAGCUGCCCAGGUGAGGGGCAGGUAUGAGCUCGCGCUAGCGGUCUUUACCGCAACGAAGCAGAUUUCCCAGUCAAGGGACGGUUUUAUCCACGCCGAUGACCACUCGAACGGAUCCCAGUCGUUGUCUGCUCCAGUGGCUGCGGUUGUCGAGAGUGCAGACACAGCGAUCAUGAAGCUGGUCGGACUCACUGUCGACAUCGAGGCAUUACUUCGCGGGACUAUUGGACUGCGAUCCUUGCACAUCCGCUUGUUGACAUCAAUCCGCGAUCAUGUCGACUCCUCCGCUUCCCGGGUUCCGUACUUCUUUGUCUUUGACAUCGACGUGGACAGAGUCCUAUCCAAUGUCUUCUGGUCUACCUACGACGCUCUCACCCGACCAGGAGACCAACUCCUGCAUGACGGGGAGCUCGUCUUAUCCUCCUUAGGCAACCUCGCCAUGGAGCUCGAGCGGCUGAUGAACUCGACCAUGGAUCACUGCGGUAAUGCAGCCCCGCCGAAACGGCCGAGCAUUAUGGCUAGUCCCUUCCCCUCGUCGCCAUCACCUGUGGCAUCUCGCCAGCGCGCCAACUGCCAGCACAUGGCGCAAACCAUCAACCUUGCCGUGGUGGAGAUUGAGCGCGGUGUAGAGGACGUCUUAGGCCUCUUGCUGUUCGUGCAUGAGGUGGAGAACCUAUACGAGAUGGUGAACGCCGUAGAUGCUCGUCUACGGGCUGGUGAAGCCUUUGAACGCUCGUUCCAGGAUCUACUAGAGGAUCUCGUUGCUGGCACACCCGCACUUCAUAUCACCAACGAUAACUUGCGCCGACUACAUGCCCAGUACACUUUCCUAACCGCUCGUCCUUUGUUCUUUUAA